AUGACCUGUGACCCCGACCUGAGACAGCGCGUCGGCCACGAGCAGCGGCUGGAGCUGGUGCCAGGCCGGGUGCACGCCAUGAGGACCCUCAGCCUGAAGCCACAGCUCUUCGAAAUUCCCGACUUCCUGACCGAGGAGGAGUGCAAGCUGAUCAUCCACCUGGCCCAGCUGAAGGGGCUGCAGAAGAGCCAGAUCCUGCCCACCGAAGACUACGAGGAGGCCAUGGAGAUGAUCGAGAUCAGCCAGAUGGACAUCUUCAACCUACUGGACCACAACCAGGAUGGGCAGCUGCAGCUGAAGGAGGUGCUGACGCACACCCGCCUGGGGAGCGGCCGGUGGAUGACCCCCGAGAGCGUCCGGGAGAUGUACGCUGCAGUCAAGGCAGAUCCUGAUGGCAAUGGCGUGCUGAGCUUGGAGGAGUUCAAGCAGCUUAACAUCCGCGACUUCCACAAGUACAUGGGGAGCCGGACUGUGAAGAUGAGCGAGCUGGUGCGGAACAGCCAGCACACAUGGCUGUACCAAGGCGAGGGCGCCCACCAUGUCAUGAGGGCCAUACGGCAAAGGGUGAUGCGCCUGACGCGCCUGCCCCUGGAGAUCGUGGAGCACAGUGAACCACUGCAGGUGGUGCGGUAUGACCAGGGAGGGCACUACCAUGCCCACAUGGACAGCGGGCCCGUGUUCCCCGAGACCGCCUGCAGCCACACCAAGCUGGUGGCCAAUGAGAGUGCUCCCUUCGAGACCUCGUGCCGCUACGUGACGGUGCUGUUCUACCUGAACAACGUGACCGGAGGCGGUGAGACGGUCUUCCCCAUUGCUGACAACAGAACCUAUGAGGAGAUGUCUCUGAUCCAGAACGAUGUUGACCUGCGAGACACCCGGAAGAACUGUGACAAGGGCAACCUGCGCGUGAAGCCUCGGCAGGGCACAGCUGUCUUCUGGUACAACUACCUGUCGGACGGGGAAGGCUGGGUGGGCGAGCUGGACGAGUACUCGCUGCACGGGGGCUGCCUGGUCACGCAGGGCACCAAGUGGGUGGCUAACAACUGGAUCAAUGUGGACCCCAACCGGUGGCGCCAGCUGCAGUUCCAGCAGGAGGUGGCUCGCUACGUGGGCGAGGACAUGGACGUGGGUGCAGGCGACGGUGUGGCAGCCCAGAGCCAGCGGGCAGUGGACACGCCAGGCACCGAUAAGCACGCCGAGCUCUAGGGACUCCUUGGCUUCCCCGGCCCCGGCCCUUCGCACACUGCCCUCGCCCCUGCCACAUGCCCUGCUCCUGCGGCCCGGCGCCCUCCCGGUGCGCACGCGCGGGAGGAUGACGCCAUCGCUGUCGCUGUCUCCGAGCAGCGCCCCCGGGCGGUCCAAUAAAGACGGCUGCGAGGCUCGG